AUGCCACUGUUGCCGAGCUUCAUCACGCGACCACCCAGCCAAUGGGUCCAGUCCGCCCGCGGCACAAUAGGAGGCAUCACCUGGGGUCCAAGUGUGUCUGCCGCCAAGUGGGCAGUUCACUCUCUAUUCAGCAAUAUUCAAGUUGGAACCCUGGUGCUAGUUGACGAGGUAGACGGCACCAAUCAUGUGUAUGGCGAGAAGCUAGGCACUUCCAAGUUGCCGGGGAGGGUCGUCGUGAACGGCGCGAUCAGCGUUCCUAGGGUGGAACUGGUUGUCAAGAAGAGCGCUUUCUGGAUGCGACUCGUCCUGUUCGCCGACAUGGGUUUUUCAGAAGCAUACAUGUUGGGCGAGGUGGACUGCACCGACUUGACGGCCUUCUUCCAGCUCUUCCUGGCAAAUCGAGAACAGCUAGGUAACGGAACGACCCUGCUGUCGACUUUCUCGAGCUACGCCUCUGCGCUGGCUCGAAGAACGAACACGAUGUCGAACUCCUUGCUCAACAUCUCAGCCCACUAUGACAUUAGCAAUGAAAUGUUCGCAGCCUUCUUGUCACCAGAUAUGACAUACUCCUGUCCGAUCUGGGACAAGUCCGGUUCUUCCAAUGAGACAUUGGAAGAGGCGCAGAUCAGGAAAUUACAGGUAUUUAUUGACGAGGCGCACAUCAAGUCGACAGACCACGUGUUGGAAAUCGGAACUGGCUGGGGAUCCUUUGCGAUUCUGGCCGUGCAGCAGACAAGAUGCCGGGUCACUAGUCUCACGCUCUCGCAAGAACAGAAGGCGCUUGCAGAGGACAGAAUUGCCAAAGCUGGCCUCUCAGACCGAAUAGAGGUGCUGUUGAUGGAUUAUCGAGCCUUGCCCGUGCCCCAGCGACCUUACGACAAGGUCGUCUCGAUCGAGAUGUUGGAGGCAGUGGGGCAGGAGUUCCUGGGGACCUACUUUGCCUGUAUCAACCGGCUGUUAAAAAAGGACGGUGGAAUUGCGGUCUUCCAAUGCAUCACCAUGCCCGAGGCACGACAUGACGCGUACUCGAAAAGCGAGGAUUUCAUCAACCAUUACAUCUUCCCUGGCGGCUACCUUCCCUCGAUCACACAGCUGAUCGACCAUAUCAGCAGAGAAUCCCAUGGAACACUUGUUGUUGAGAAGGUGGAUAAUAUUGGUGGCCAUUAUGCGAAGACUUUGAGGCUGUGGCGUGAGAGUUUUAUGAACAACUUCGAAGCCAAGAUCAAGCCUGCCCUUCUCGAUAAGCACGGAGAUAUGACAGAUGAAGGUAUCGCCGUUUUCAGGAGAAAAUGGGAGUACUAUUUCAGAUAUUGCGAAGCCGGCUUUCUCGCCAAGACCCUUGGGGACGUAAUAAUUUCCGUUGGACGCGACGGAGCCAUGGAGCUGAUGGAGGGGAUUCCCAAGUGA